AUGGCUCACAAGUCUCCACGAUGCCGCUUGCAGAGCCCUCCUCUCUUGUUUACUCUAAUGAAACAUUAAAGUCCCGCUCUUUUCAUUUUCUCUCACUUGAAAACCAAACAAAGAUCCAACCUUUUCUCAUUUUCUCUCUGCCUAAAUUUAUCUGUGUUUGGAUCAAAUGUUGCAAGACCAAGCCACGAGCUCUCUUGCUGCGAGCUCUCUGCCUUCCAGCAGUGAGAGGUCUUCCAGCUCUGCAUUCCAGCUCGAAGUUAAAGAAGGCCUGGAAAGUGAUGAGGAGAUCAGGAGAGUGCCGGAGAUUGGCGGCGAAUCGGCCGGAGCAUCGGUAUCAGGCAGGGAGGCCGGUUCGUUAGCCGGUCCAGAUCGGGUCCAAGUGGCAGGUGAGAGCCAGAGAAAGAGGGGAAGAAGCCCAGCUGACAAGGAAAGCAAGAGGUUGAAGAGGUUGUUGAGGAACAGAGUUUCAGCUCAGCAAGCAAGGGAGAGGAAGAAGGCGUACUUGAGUGACUUGGAAGUUAGAGUGAAAGACUUGGAGCAGAAGAAUUCUGAGCUUGAUGAGAGGCUCUCUACUUUGCAGAAUGAGAAUCAGAUGCUUAGACAUAUAUUGAAGAACACAACAGCAAGCCGGCGAGGAGGCGGCGGUGCAAAUGCUGAGGGAUCUUAGUAGGAUAGGGUGUGAUGAGUGGAUGGACUGAGAGAAUGUAAGGCUACAGCUACCGAGAUGAACAUAUGGGAGGCAAUACAACUUUAAUAUUCUAAGCUGAAACAUAUCGGACCUUUGGCAUGCUUAACUUUAGAUUAGCAUCUCCUUAAAGUUAUCUUUGCUAGUAUUGCUUCAUUUGCUUGCCACUUUCUUGUUCUUCUCUGUAUGCACAGAUUUUGUGCCAAUUUCGGUGACAGAAAUGUGCAUGUAUGACUUAAAGCUUGAGGCACAUCCCGUGAACGACUGAAGGCGGCGCCCAUGGUGGUGUGAACAUAGCAGCUAGCUAGGGUGAGAAAAUUAGUAGUGUUGGUUUUGCAAAUGUAGUUAGAGUUUGCCCACUGAUUGUUCUUUGAAAAAAUCUUGUAGUUGCUUAAUGGAAGGAGAUUGUGAGUGAAUCACUAAAUGGAAAUAAAGUAAAAUUAAAUAUAUCCUCUUU